CAUCGGGUGGACUAGCUGGGAUCUCCGCAUUGGAUUUGGGACUGAUUAUCACUGCUUGGCUAUUAUUAUUAUUAUUAUUUUUUUACCCAAGGGAGAAGGACAAAAAACAAAACUGUGGGAUUUAUUUAACAUGAUCUUGGCAAACGCCUUCUGCCUCUUCUUCUUUCUAGACGAGACCCUCCGCUCUUUGGCCAGCCCUUCCUCCCUGCAGGGCCCCGAGCUGCACGGCUGGCGCCCCCCAGUGGACUGUGUCCGGGCCAAUGAGCUGUGUGCCGCCGAAUCCAACUGCAGCUCCCGCUACCGCACGCUUCGGCAGUGCCUGGCUGGCCGGGACCGCAACACCAUGCUGGCCAACAAGGAGUGCCAGGCAGCCCUGGAGGUCCUGCAGGAGAGCCCGCUGUAUGACUGUCGCUGCAAGCGGGGCAUGAAGAAGGAGCUGCAGUGCCUGCAGAUCUACUGGAGCAUCCACCUGGGGCUGACCGAAGGUGAGGAGUUUUACGAGGCCUCGCCUUACGAGCCAGUGACCUCCCGCCUCUCCGACAUCUUCAGGCUUGCUUCAAUCUUCUCAGGGACUGGGGCAGACCCGGCGGUCAGUGCCAAGAGCAACCACUGCCUGGAUGCUGCCAAGGCCUGCAACCUGAAUGAGAACUGCAAGAAGCUGCGCUCCUCCUACAUCUCCAUCUGCAACCGGGAGAUCUCGCCCACCGAGCGCUGCAACCGCCGCAAGUGCCACAAGGCCCUGCGCCAGUUCUUCGACCGGGUGCCCAGCGAGUACACCUACCGCAUGCUCUUCUGCUCCUGCCAGGACCAGGCGUGUGCCGAGCGCCGGCGGCAGACCAUCCUGCCCAGCUGCUCCUACGAGGACAGGGAGAAGCCCAACUGCCUGGACCUGCGCAGCGUGUGCCGAGCCGACCACCUGUGCCGGUCCCGGCUGGCAGACUUCCAUGCCAAUUGUCACGCCUCCUACCAGACGCUCACCAGCUGCCCAGCCGACAAUUACCAGGCGUGUCUGGGCUCCUAUGCUGGCAUGAUUGGGUUUGACAUGACUCCCAACUACGUGGACUCCAGCCCCACUGGCAUCGUGGUGUCCCCCUGGUGCAGCUGUCGUGGGAGUGGGAACAUGGAAGAGGAAUGUGAGAAGUUCCUCAGGGACUUCACCGAGAAUCCCUGCCUUCGGAAUGCCAUCCAGGCCUUUGGCAACGGCACAGAUGUGAACCUGUCCCCUAAAAAUCCCUCAUUCCAGGCCACGCAGGCCCCUAGGGUGGAGAAAACGCCUUCUUUGCCAGAUGAUCUCAGUGAUAGCACCAACCUGGGGACCAGCGUCAUCACCACCUGCACAUCUGUCGAGGAGCAGGGGCUGAAGGCCAACAGCUCCAAAGAGCUAAGCAUGUGCUUCACAGAGCUCACUACCAACAUCAUCCCAGGGACUAACAAGGUGAUCAGACCUAACUCAGGCCCCUGCAGAGCCAGACCAUCGGCCGCCUUGCCCGCAGUCUCCUUCCUGAUGUUGAAGCUGGCCUUGUAAACUCUGGGCACCACGUCUGGAGAUUUCCGAAAGCUAUGUGACGAGAACACCCGCCUGAUGAAAUGGAAACACACACACACACACACACACACACACACACACACACACACACACACACACCUUGCAAAAAAUUUUUUUCCCACCUUAUCUCUGAACCUGUCUGCUCCCAGGUUUCUUCUCUGGAGAAGUUUUUCUAAACCAGACAGACAGUAGGCCGGCAGCCUGAGAGCCGCCUGGAGGUCCCCUGGCAAGGGCACCCAGCACCGAGGAGGGCACAAGGGUCUAGAACAUGCCCUGCACUUUCUUCUGGUGUUUUCCUCUCUGGUCCCUGCUGCUGGAAGGAACCAAGAUGAGAUCCCUGUGGCCAAGGGACCUGUGGCCAUGCCUCAUGUGGUCUGAGGCAGGACAGUGGCCACUGCUGUUCUCAAGUUGCCCACUCUGGGGACUUACUGGGGCUGGCAGUGGGUGUCAGGUGACAGAGCAGUGAGGCUGGCCCCUGGGUCCAACUGGGCACUUGUAGCACCUCCACAUGGCUUCAAGGGUGGAGUUUAUUUUGCCCUUCCUCUGGGCUGGGCAAGUCUGCUUCUGACCUGUGGAGGGCUGUGACAGGGAGGUCCCCCCACCAACUGCAGCAUAGGGGGCUGAGCAGCUCCAGGGGCUUGGGAGCUUGGCCCACCUGGGAGACCCCCUUGGGAGGAGGGAGCAACACUUGGGCACCAGCUCAAGGCUGCUGCUUCCUCCUUGGUUGCAGGAAUUUCUAAAUAAAAGAGAAAUGAUACUUUUGGUGGGUUUCUUUGGAGAGAGGGGCUGCUGAGGGGCAGAGAAGAACACGGUGGACAUGCACUGCCCCACGCUCUGG